AUGUCCUUCAGAUCUACCUACGUACACCUCUUAGACUACGAGACUACCAACACCUAUUGCACCGUCUCCUCUCUCAACUUUGCCCCACGUUUCCAUUCUGGGCAUAUCUCAAACAUUCGUUGCAUUGCCCAAUGUCAUCAGACAGCUAAACAUCGCCCACUAACUCGGUAUCUCGUGUCCGGUGGUGGUCGUGGAAUGCUAGUUGCCUGGCGUCUGGACGAGGCUGAUCAACCGGGUCUCGUCGGGUGGGUUUGUUUGGACACAAGUCUGCGAGGCACGGGUCCUCUUAUCUCCUGCCCUCUUGAACGGAAAAGAAGCGCUACAUUUAGCGUCUGUGAUCUUAGGAUUAUGGCCCUUCUAGCGUUUCAACAGAGAGAGGGGGAUAACAUCAGUGUUCUUGCCGCUUGCUCGGAUGGCAGUAUCAGACUUGUCAAGAUUAGUCUGCCAUGCGAGUCUACUGGAUGGUUGCCUCGAUUCUACCAACUUGCCGAUUUUCGAAGUGGACAUAGACGGAGUUGCAUCCUCAGUCUGUGCUGCAUAACUCAACCAACUGAAAGCCGAGUUUCUAUUGCCUACAGCAACACCAGUGGAGUUGUGGAAGCAUUUAAAAUAGAUCUUGAUGAUGGCAGCCUCCACAAACAACUCUUUUCACUUCAUCUGGAAGUGGAAAAUCCCACCACAAAGGCGGUGGCCUCAUGUGCAGCAAACUCGAUCGCGAUGUUGGCUGAUCACAUCGCGAUAGCAGGUGACGACGGUAGUCUCCGAUUGGCCAACUUACGGGGCGUUUGGAUCACCAAAGCAGUCCGACACUUUGCGGCCGUUGUCAAAGUCACCAGUCUGUCUAAACAAAAUUGCCUGUUGACUUUGGGUGCUGAUCAUCGACUGUUGCUGUGGCAAGUUAUGGAGGGUGCUAAACUCUCCGUUCUUUCGGAGACGAUGUUGACAGGACUAGGAGAUCCUCAGAAUAUUUCCCUCCUCCCAACCGACGAAGCCGAGAAGGCGUAUUUAGCAAUGGUUUGCGGUUCCGGCCUCCAACUUUGUUAUUUCAAAUUUGACCAAUAA